AUGAAUUAUACGAUGCAUCAUAGUUCCACUGGGGGCUCAGAUAUCUCUCGGGCCAGUGGAAGCUUCUGUCAUGAUCCUCGGCAACUCGAUAGAGUCUUGAAGCUGCUUACUGGUCUCGUCUCCAACUCGGACGAAGGAGACUAUGAAUCCGCCAGGCUCAAAGCCUCUAUCGGAAUCGCCCUCUUUAAGUAUGUGAUGAGAUAUAGAGUGGGCAACAGUCGUUACUUCAAUCGCGAUCGAUUGGUCACAUCAGGACGCUAUACGAGCAAAUGGCAAGACUUAUUCGUGCACCUCAUUGUAUCUGAAGGCUUCGCCGUCGACCCGAUUAGUCUUGUCAGCGUCCUUUCCAGAACAUCAACUCCAUCGUGUCAUUCAACUCAAGCAAUCUCGAAUGCUAUCGGUCAGGCGAUUGCAAUGAAGAACUUGGCAAUGCUGUACAACAAGCCUGGCUUGGAGCUGUUGGAUAACAUGAUCUGGUGUGUCAUUGACGAUACCAACUUUCAACAGGACAGCGCUCUUGAGACAGUCGCCCUCGCUGGCUGCUGGAGACUAAAUAACCUUUGCGUUAUCUACGAUGGCAUCAAUGGCGCUCUGAGUCCUAGCGUUGAUGUUUCAAAGUUGAAGACGCGUGGUUGGAACGCGAUUGAACUGGUGAACGACAACGACCUCGUCACUGGUGAGUUCAUCCAGUCUCUCCCGCGUCGAUUCAAACUAGUCUUUAACCCCCAAAGAAAGCCUUGUGUAUAG